GCGGGCCCGUGGCCGCUGGAGCCGGUGCUUCAUCAACCAGCCGGAUGCUGACUGACGUCGCCCUCCCUCUCGCGUCGGGGGACCCCCGGAGGCGGGGCGGGCGCUGCUGACCGCGGAGGGUCUUGUCUUCCGCCCGACGGCUUCCCUCCAAAAGAGCCCUGAGGUUUCGGGCGCGCCGUGGUGGCAUCUGGUGACAUCCCGAGCUGCGGGCACGCACCCGGAGAAGCCCAGCGACUUGCCCAGACUGACACCACUGUUUGGGACUAGGGUCAGGCCAGGAGCGACGUGUCCGAACCCCUGCCCCAGCGCUCCUUCCACCGCACCUCGCUCCCAGCCGGACUCAGCCUCUCUGGAAGUUUGUAUGAUUUAAAGCCUCAGCCUGAGAUGGAGACAUCAGGCUUACUUUCCACCAUCUCUGAGCAGCAGCCACAGAAGCAGGAGGGAAUGAGGAACACCAAAACAGAUGUGACAGGGCAGAGCCUCAUCUCAUCAGAGAAGUGGCUUCAACUGCAUGGGCUUAAGAGCAACAAGCUGACCUUGAAACAGAUUUUAUCACAAAUUGGAUUCCCACACUGUGAAGACUACGUGACUUCUCUGGGGAGACUUGUGGCUUCUCGGUAUGCUGAUGGCCUGUUUCUGCAGUUCUGCCGAGCAGAAGAUGGCAGGGUGUACAACUUGACAGCUAAAUCAGAACUGAUCCAUCAGCUUGUGGAGCGUUUAACGCAAGCGGCAGAGAGCUACAAGCAGCGGAUGGACUGGCUCACCAGCCAGAGCCGGCAGGUGUUUGGCGUCAUCUUGGAACAGUGCGUCACCAUAGUGCUGGAUUUUGGCAACAUGCUAGAGGAGGAGCUUAACCUGUGCCAAGAGGCUCUGGCAAUGGUUCUCCAGGAGCAGGUGGUUCACAUUAGCAAGUUCAACAUGAUACGGGUUUCUCAAGAGCCUGUGAAAUGGCGGGAAAACGCCGCUCCUGUGACCAAGCAAUCCAUAGCCGCUGCCAUCAGUUGGCUUGAGAAACUGACUUUUGAUCUGACUGUGAGCAGAGCUAGCUGCCUGGACGCUCUGCUGGAAGCUGGGAAAGACAAAGCAAUUGAAUCCAUUUACUACUUUGUGGUGGGAGACAUUCCUGAGGGAUCCAAGGAGCUUCUCCUUCAGAGGGUGCUGGAGAUCCCAUAUCCAGUCUGCACAGUGUCUUUCAACGCCAGAGGAGAAGGCACGAUAGCUUUUUUAAAGGAUCUGAGUGCCAAGAGCCACAGCAGAUUCCACGCGUUCGCCGAGAGAACAGAGUGUGUGGAAUUUCCUGCACUGACCACAAAGGAUGGCAGAAGUGUAAUUACUUGGAAUUCAAGGAAGCUGAAAGGAAAACUCCCUCCAGGAGCCGGGGUCAGAGAGGACGUGUUUCUCAUCUGGAAGGAGAUGGAGGAAGCCUGUAGCACGCUGGCCCAGCUCCAGAGGCUGCUGACCGGGUCUCCCAAGUCCCAUGGGGAUGAAAUAGUCUGCGAAAUUGAAUCAGGAGCAACCUCUGUGGAGAAUGAGUCAAAUCCAGAGGACAUGUGGGACUCCAACAAGUGGCUACAGAAAUAUGGCUUGAAAGCCCAGAAGCUGUCAUUUUAUGAUGUUCUUGCUGAUUGCUCCUUCCGCCAUGUUGAUGGAAUUGUCGAUAUAAAAGCUAAGCCGGAGGAUGAGUCUAUUAAAACCAGUGCGGAGACAAUCAAGAAGACAAUCCAUGCGAAAUACUGCAGCAAGUUUGUCCACGCUCCCUGGAAGGAUGGGAGCUUGGUCCACGUCCACGUUACCAAGGAGAAGUGCAGGUGGUACCGUGAGAGAAUUCAUUCAGUCCUGGCCCAAAUUGAAAGGAGGAUUGAAUGGCUGCAAGACGGGAGCCAAAUGCUCUUUGGAAAAGUGCUUCAUGAUUGCAUCUAUGUCCUCAUUGAUACCUCUCACUCAAUGAAGGGCAAACUGGACUUGGUGAAGGGCAAGAUCAUUCAGCUUAUACAGGAACAGCUGAAAUAUAAAAGUAAAUUCAAUUUUGUGACAUUUGAUGCUCAAGCAGUUGCAUGGUGUGAAAAACUUGCUGAAAUCAACGAAGAUAAUUUGCACAGGGCCCAGUCCUGGGUUAGAGACAUUCAGGUCGGAAGCUCCACAAACACUCUGAAUGCGCUGCAAAUUGCUUUUGCUGAUAAAGAAACACAAGUUAUCUACCUUCUGACAGAUGGGAGACCUGAUCAGCCACCUGAAGUGAUUAUGGACCAAGUCAAAGUUUCUCAGAAAAUUCCUGUUUACACCGUCUCCUUCAAUUACAAUGAUGAGAUUGCAAAUCGGUUUUUGAAAGAGCUUGCUUUUUUGACUGGAGGAGAGUUCCAUUUUUAUAAUUUUGGUGGCAAGGAUCCCCACCCUCCGGAGACUGAUCAGAAUGAAGAUCUGAUUCUUUUAGUUAAAGAAGCGGAGCAGGGGAGACGUGACCUGGAGAAGAUGCAAGACCUUUAUUCUGAGUCCUUGGUCAUGGACUGGUGGUACAACGGAGAAAAGGAAGGAGACAAGAAGCACCAAAAAGAAAUUUCUUCUAUGGUUUCAACCUCAGAAAAAUGUGCAAAACCUCAACCCGGUGUCCAGUCAACUGGGACGUCGUCCCCAUCUGUGUCAAAAGCACAAGGGGGACUUCCAAAUCAGCGGAUUCAGAAAAAGAAAGUCCUCCAUGCAGAACCAACCAAAACCAGCCUGCUCAGAAGCCAGAUGUCCACCGUCAGGAGCCCAGCCUGCCAUGAGAGGAAGGAUGGCCCCUCCAGUCUCAGCAGCUGGAACGUUGCUUCAAGUGACCAAGACAUGAGCUUCAGCCUGCUGACAGAUGAGUGUCCAGAGGACACAUCAUUAGAAAAAUCUACCGGAGAAGGAAGCAAAGUUUAUGACCAAGAUUCUUUAGAUAUGUCUUCAGCAAACUGGCUCAAGACCCACAGCUUGGUUGCCAAGAAACUCACCAUCAUGGAUGCCUUGUCCGUGACAGCAAUACCCCACAACGCCACCUACAUUCCAGUACUGGACAAGCAUGUCGUUUCCAAGGUCUUUGACGAGGUUUUCCCUCUGGCUCAUGUGUGCAACGACACAAAUAAGAUGACAUUAAUUAACCCCCAGGGAGUAAAGCUCAACAUCUACAAGCAGAAAGUAGAACAAGCAAUUAAGUCCUAUGAAAAGCGCUUGAAUAAAAUCGUGUGGCAAGCAUUAUCUCAAGAGGAAAAAGAAAGGUUAGAUGCAGACAAACCAAUGAGGUACUUGGAAAACAAAGCAGCUUUAAAUGAGGCACUAGGACGAUUGAAUUGGCCCAUUUCAUUGAAAGAGCUGUCGUUGUUGGAAAAUGAAAUCCUAGCUGGGAAGCUGUACAUCCAGCAGGCCAUGGAACUCCAGGAGGCUGCCAAGAAGGAGAAUUCUCAACAGAAACCACAAGGAAAUCCAACAAAGAAAAGCAAAUCUAAAAGACUGGAUCCUCUCAAAGGCCAGAAAGUCAUUGCAAGAUGUGAUGAAAAUGGCUUUUAUUUUCCAGGGGUUGUGAAGAAAUGUGUGAGCCCCAGCCAUGCACUGGUGGGCUUCAGGUAUGGAGACACCAAGGUUGUGCCCACCUCGUUCAUCACACCUGUGGGGGGCGCCAUGCCCUGCCCGAUGCUCCAGGUCGGAGAUUACGUGUUUGCCAAAAUCGUGAUACCCAAAGGAUUUGACUUCUAUGUCCCUGCCAUUGUCAUAGCACUUCCGAAUCAGGAUACACCGGAAGAUAAAUUCUACACCGUUUUAAAGUGUAACAACCGGAGAGAAUUUUGCCCUCGGAGUGCACUUAUUAAGAUCAGCCAAAACAAGUACGCUAUCUCUUGCUCUCAGAUCAAGUCACCCCCAAUUCAAGAGGAUCCAAAAGUGCAGGAGGUAGAGAAGAAGAAUUCUGCUCUUAUAAUAUGGCCACUGGAAGACGCUGAUGCUGGGGAUUUAAGAGAGCUAAAACAGAACCACAGAAGGAAGAAGAAAAAACCUGCCAAGAAGCUGUAUCCCCAGAAGACGAUGUCCUCAGACUCAGACAGCUCUUCCUGUGACUCCCGAGAGCCCUACCUCAAGAGACACCCCAAGCCCAAGGUGGGAGGGGAGCGACAUCGCUUAUCUCCAGAACGCCCAGACACCGCUUUUGAGAAUAGUACCCGUGAGAUCAUUCCCCAGUUUCCGGGCCAGUUUAGGUCCCAGUACAACAAAAGUGCUAACACUGUAAAGCCCUUGGAGUCAGCCAAUCAUGCGAUUACUACCACACCUUCACCUUGAGCAGCCCCGCCCUGUCCCAUAGCCACCCAGAGCAGCAAAGGGCUGAGGACCAUCACUGAGAAAACUGAAGGCUGUCUAGUGGUGACUGUGUUUAAGAGAAUCAGCAUUCCUCCAGGGCUGCCCAGACCUCAGCCACUCAACAGUGUGGAUCUAGCCACUCUAGUGAGGUAAGGCGGCCAUUCAUCCACCCGUGCCUUUCCUGUUUGUAACAAAGGUAGACUUCCUCUGUCAUCCUUAACCCACCUCUCCUACCCUUUUGAGCUUAUCAGUUCUGGCUUUGCCCGACCAUUCUUAAUCCCAGUUUAUCUCCUAAUACUUGGAUAACUGUAUUCAAUCUUCUGGUAGAUUUUCCACACUCAGAACGUUUAACCCGACUGUCACAGGGCUUUCAGAUAUUUUGGAAGAUAGUGUAGUUAAAUUUCCCAAGCUGGGUUGGCUGCAGUCUUGUUUUAAAUUGAUUAUCCCCAUCUGAAUUAAGAAUUCUGUCACCCAAUGCUACGAUUGAAAUUAAGACCUGUUAACUUUUCUGAGAGCAGCAAGACUGAAUAUUCCCUAUUUUAUUGUUUUCUAGAAAGUUUAUUGUGCCCUCCCUAAUUCCUUUUAUCUGUAGUCUGUUGUAGGUUACCUGCAUCUGAGUGAGGAGCCAGAAUAAAAACGCUUAUAUUGGAAACAUUUUGGAAAUACUGGGUUGUUUAUUUGUUAUUGUUUUCUUUGAACAUGUUUUACCAAUGACAGAUAAAAGUGCUUGUUUCUGUUGCAGCGUCUCUAAUUUCAGAAACGAAGUAGUGCUCACAAGUUCUCUUUUUCUAGCUGGUAAUACCCUGGUGCUAGAUAACAAUAAAAAUAGGGUGCAGAUUAUUAAUAAAAACAUUGGAUGUGUUUUGCAAAUAGAAAAGGUAGGGCACAGUUCUGAUAGACUAAAAAUUCACAAAUCAAAAUUAAAAGUGGUGCUUACAUUCCUCAAAGCUAGGAAGUCACCAGGGUUACAGUGAGGAAAUUAAUGGAGGAAUCCACUUCCAAAAGUAUGAACAAAAAAGGAACAUCAGCUCAGCAUCACAGUAAAAACAGUAAUGCAGUGAGGAAGGGAUUGAGAGGGAGGAAAUCAUCCAAAAUGAGGCAGGGGUUGGCUUAUGGAAGUGUGCUGCCCCUAGGAACCCAGAGGGUUUCUUCCCAGGCAGAAAGGUGCUAACCCAUUGUCGUCGAGUCGAUUCCAACUCAGAGACCCUACAGGACAGAGUAGAACAGCCCCCUUAGGGCUUCCAAGGAGCGGCUGGUGGAUUUGAACUGCUGACCUUUUGGUUAGCAGCUGAGUGCUUAACUGCUCUGCCACCAGGGCUCCAGGAAAGCACUAAAGCAGGCAUUUGCCAAUGAGAGCUGUGUCCUGGGAGGAGGGUCUGAAGGAAGUAGGGGUAUUUGGUCUGUGUAGUAGAGACCUGGUGGGGUGGGAAAGAAGUUAUUCAUGCCUCCAUACAGCUCAUCCACGUAAGCCUACAUGCAUUCAUCCAGUCAUUCCACAAGCAGUUGAGUGCUGAUAAGGUCCCAGGCUCUAGAAAGAUGCCUGCAGACACUUGGAAAGUGACCAUCUUCUCUUUCUUCCAUCUCUCUGUAUUCAUCUCCACAUUUUUAUUGGACCAAUCACUGUUGUAUGGUGUGUGCAAUCAUGCAGAACUACAGGAAAAACAUACAUAAUAAUGGUUAAUUGAUAUUAUAUUAUGAUACAGGAUAAGUUCAGUGACAUCCGUGAUAUGUUCAAUAUGUUGUUCCUCACUGAUAAUGCCUAGCUCAAUGUUCUGGGAAUAAUUGACAAUAAUCCACUUCCAGCCAAUAUAGAAUAAUAGGAACAGAAUUCACACUCCCACCUGAAAUAACAAACUAAAACACCUGGUUAAAUAUAUGUAACAACAGUUUUCAAGACAUUGGACAUCAGGCAAUGAAGGACAAUGAUCUCUGAAAAACAAUGAAGUGAGCCCCAGGAGUGCUCCAGCGUACUGCCUGGAAGGCUGCAGCAUAGGGAAAGGGGACCCAAGCAGAGCCUGAUGAUCUCUGUGAGUUGGGGAAAUGGAACCAGGAUGCUGAGGAGACAAAAGUGGCUGGUGUUUGCAGAAUGAAGCACUGGAGGGGGUAGCCACACAGAGAAAGCUCUCUGGAGAUCUGUAGAGGUCCCCUUGAGUCUUCAGCUAAAUACUGAUUAGUGGAUGACCAUGAGGAAACUACUCAAGACCAGAGAAAGAGCCACCUAAAAAAGAUUAGAGGGAGCAAUCCCUGCAGCCUAGACAGGGCUGGGAAUGUUUCUGUUUCUUCCAGUCAGAGUAGAAAACUUCAUUGUUCAUUGGGCAUCAGGUAGAGCACUCAAAAGGGGUUUGUCUCAGUAGUGAAGCUAAAUGGGACUUAGACUAAAUGCUGCUCUGGCCCCACCUAGCAAAACUUAAAAAGCACGACCUGAAAGAAUGAAACUGUUUCCGAGUAAUUUAACCGUAUCCUGGAACAAUGCUCAAGAAUAUUUAGGGAUACAAAAAUAUCCACCACCCAACAAGGUAAAACUCACAAUGUCUAGCACCCAAUCAAAGAUUACUAGGCUUAGAAGGAAGCAGGAAAAACACAACCCAUAAUGAGGAGAAAAAAUAAUUUAAACUAAGAAAUGACACAGACCAUAAAAAUGGCACCAGAAAUGGUAACUAUGUUGGUAUAUAAAAGGCAUUAACCAAUUUUCUCUUAAAUAAUAUUUUGUGUUUUCAGUGAAGGUUUACACAGCAGUUUAGGUUCCCAUUCAACAAUUUCUACACAAAUUGGUCCAUGACAUUGGAUACAGUCUUCACAAUGCGUGAACAUCCUCUUACUUCCAAUUUCCAUUCUGAUUGUUCCAUUUCCAUUAAUCUAGUUUCUGUGGCUCCUUACGUUCUCAUCUUUGUUUUAAAGUAAUUGUUGACUGGUAUUAUAGAGGAUUUUUUAAAGGAGCACAUGGGUACUCAUGAAUGAUAUUCUUUAUUUUGUAAGCCAAUCUGUUAUUUAGCUAAAAGGUGACCUCAGGGGUUAGUUUUGAUUCAAGGUUCAAAGAGUAUCUCAGGGCAAUAGUCUCAGGAAAUCCUCCAGGCUCAAACUGUCCAGUAAGUCUGUUUUUUUGUUUGUUUUUAAAGAAUUUGAGGUGUUGUUCCAUAUUUUUCUCCCAUUCUAUCAGGAUCCAUCUAUUGUGGCCAAAGAUGUUCUUAUUUAAAUCUCUGUUAAAGAUAAUUGACUGUAUUAAGUGAUGUUUCAGUGAUUAAUGCAUUUCCAUUAGCCCUGGAAAUUCAUCCAUCUGGAUGCAUAGCCUCGGGUGAUAUGUUUGCUUUUCCUGGAUAAACCUGCACUUUUAUUACUUUUUCUGAUAUAUAGAUGAUAGAUAGGUAGGUGAUAGAUAGACAGAUAGAUGAUAGAUAGAUAGAUGAUAAAUAGACAGAUAGACAGACAGACAGAUAGAUGAUAGAUAUACACACACACACCAGGAGAAAUAAUAAAAUUGUAUAUAUAUAUUUAUAUAUGUACGUGUGUGUAUAUAUGUAUAUGUAAGUGUGUAUAUAUGCGUAUACACACACAUAUAUACACUUUUAUUACUUCUUAUAUAUAUAUACAUAUAUUUAAAGUAAAAGUACAGGUUUAUUCAGGAAAAGCAAACACAUUACCUGAGGUAAUAUAUACCAGAAGAAGUAAUAAAAGGGGUUGAAUCUGUAAAAACCAAUAACGAUCCAGAUUUUCAGGGGUGCUUAAACUUGGCU